AUGGAAUCCACUAACAAAGUCACGAACGGCGAGAACAACGCGCCCCGCUCGGAUUCUGCAACAGCCGCAAUAGACCACAGAGAAGAAGACCCCAUCCCCCUGGAGAACGAGACAAAAAUCGAAUCAACCGAAUCUGCUGCUUACGAUGCCCUAGGGUACAGCUAUCCAAUCUGGCGAAAAUGGCAGAUCCUCUAUAUAUCAAUUAAUCUAAACGUAAGUCUCUACGCUAACGGUGUCUCAGCCAUCGCGAAAGAGCACAAUAUUAACGAGUAA